UAAGUCCGCGAGUCUGUGGGUCGGCGAGGAGCAGCUCGCGUUCAAGCCCAGCGGCUCCCGCCUCUAGUUGACCUGCACUGUAGUCGCCCGGCAGAGCCGGCUUUGGCGCGGCAGCCAUGUCCAUGGCCCUGGAGAUCACGGGCACAGCUCUGGCCGUGCUGGGCUGGUUGGGCACCAUCUUAUGCUGCGCGCUGCCCAUGUGGCGCGUUUCGGCCUUCAUCGGCAGCAGCAUCAUCACGGCGCAGAUCACCUGGGAGGGCCUGUGGAUGAACUGCGUGGUGCAGAGCACCGGCCAGUUACAGUGCAAGAUGUACGACUCUCUGCUGGCGCUGCCGCAGGACCUGCAGGCGGCCCGCGCUCUCCUCAUCGUCGCCAUCCUGAUGGCCGCCUUCGGGCUCCUGGUGGCACUCGUGGGCGCCCAGUGCACUAACUGCGUGCAGGACGACACGUCGAAGGCCAAGAUCACUAUUGUGGCGGGCGUGCUCUUCCUGCUGGCCGCUUUGCUGACCCUGGUGCCGGUGUCCUGGUCCGCGAACACCAUCGUCCGGGAGUUCUACAACCCGCUGGUGCCAGACGCACAGAAGCGCGAGCUGGGCGCGGGUCUUUACGUGGGCUGGGCGGCAGCGGCGCUGCAGCUGCUGGGGGGCGCGCUGCUUUGCUGCUCCUGCCCGCCCCGCGAUACGAAGUAUGAGCCCACCAAGAUCCUCUACACCACGCGCUCCGGGGCCCCGAACACUGCAGCCAGUACAGUCUACGACCGCAAGGACUACGUCUGAGAGGGCAGAAGGGGAGAGACCCACGACGACGGCCACCGCCGCCUCCACCGCUGCAGCGCCCACAGUCCAGCAUUCGGCCUUGCUUCGACGCCAGCCAGCCCAGAUGCCGGCGCCCCAGCCAGCUGCCAGCCCUCUGCGGGGCAGAACUGCGGAGUCCAGGGACCAGCCCCUAUGGACAAAGAGACCGUGGCUUCUGGAGUAUGGGGCUGGAGGGACUUGCUCUAGUCCUCCAAGCCCCACGUGGGGACUGUAGCUCCAAAGCCCCUCUGGCAGGGAU